CGUUAUCUUCAUCUCCCUGCUCGACCUGGAAUCUAUAUAACCCCACCUUUUUCUAGCUUUUGUACCACUCUCCCUCCUGUCCAAGAAGAAAAGAUGGCCACCCACCACCCGCCGGACCUGGAGGCUGCAACAAUCGACUCAGUCGCCUCCUCCCCGCGAUCCGAGCACCACCCCCACGACCUCCACCCGCGGGCCCGCUUCAUGUGCAGCUUCGGCGGCAAGAUCCUCCCCCGCCCGCAUGAUAAUUUGCUCCGUUACGUCGGCGGCGACACCCGGAUCGUUGCCAUCCAGCGCGCCACCACCUUCAACGCUCUCCUCUCCAAGCUAUCCAAGCUCUCAGGUACGACGAACAUUACAGUGAAGUACCAGCUUCCCAAUGAAGAUCUGGACGCCUUGAUUUCGGUGACGACGGACGAGGAUGUCGACAACAUGAUGGAGGAGUACGACCGCGUCGCGCAGACGCAGACUCCCCGGACGGCCCGCCUCCGCCUCUUCCUCUUCAAGGGCGACGACUCCCGAGCCAGCAGCAUCAGCUCGCUCCUGGACAGCACGUCGAACCGGGAGCAGUGGUUCCUGGACGCCCUCAACGGCGGUGGCGGCGCGACCCCCGGCCGGAGCCUCGAGCGCCUCCGCUCCGAGGCAUCCUCGAUCGUCUCGGAAGUCCCGGACUACUUGUUCGGCUUGGAAGCCUCGGAGGAGCCCAAACCGAAGGCCCGGAGCAUGUUGCUCGAGACCAUCUCGAUUUCCGACCCGGGUUCGCCUGCCCCUGUCGCCAAUUCAUCGUAUUGCUCGGUCUCCUCGGCGUGCGUGCCGUCCAUGCCGGACCUCCCCCCCGUGAAGACGAAGCCCGAGAGUCCAGUCCCCAAAUUCGACCCUAACGAGAGCCAGAGUUUUGCGGAAACGGGCGAAACCAUAGUUGUGCAGCCGGGCGGGUAUCCAGGCAAUCCCGCGGGUCACUACGCCCCGAGCUCUCACUAUUCCGGCCCGCCGAUGCAGCCCAUGCCCGUCUAUUACUACGCGAGUCCCGUGCCUCACCGAAACAUGUCGGGCCCGCCCAUCAUGGCCCGAGGACCUUAUGUCCAGCAGUACCCCGCUUCGGCCGGGCAAAUACCCGUCGGCUACCAUCAGCCUGGGCCAAGUCCGGGUCAGGUGUAUGGCGGAGUGGUGAGGUCCGUGGUUGCCGAUGGCGUGAGCCACCAGGUGUACUACGGGGUAAGCAACGGAGGCAUGGUUCCGACGUAUCCGCCGGGCAUGGUUGUUCCGGCUCCGGGCGGAGAGGAUAUUCAAGUAGUUGCGGCGGAGGCACAGCCGGGUCGGUUCUCCCAGCAAUCAUGACACGGAAUUAUUGGGUAUUAUAAAAGUUGUUUUUACUUUGGGGGGCGCUUUUCCUUUUAUCUGAUCAUUGGGUUUUGUGUGGUUGUCAUUCGCUAUUCAUGAAGAUGCGACUUAUGGAACGCUCCGUAAUCGGCCGUUGGAGGAAGGGGAGGUGGGGGGAAGACGGAAAAAGAGAGAAAUUGUCCAUAGUGGAAAGAAACACUGUGUAUACCGUAAAACUGUGUUUCCAAUUAAUGAUAAAAAGUUGUAUAAAAUAUAUAUUUACAUAUAUGUCAUGUGAUUUACCACA